AGAUAGAAUAAAUUUGCAGAUAUUAAAUGGCAGCUCCUUCCCAAGCACUUCCUCAAAAUCCAGAUGAUUUCUGCAAAUACCGGCCACUAUACAGAGCUAUAUUGGCAGCAAAUUGGGAGCAAGCUCUAAUAUUCUUCAACCAUGACGCUUCAUCAAUUCAAUCUCCACUUACCAACGACUUAGAGACUGCAUUACAUGUUGGUGCUAAAGCAGGUAAUGCCUCCUUUAUGGAAAAGCUUGUAUCAUUAUUGUCGGACCAUGAACUUGGCCCCAGAGACGUCUAUGGGCUUACCCCACUUCACAUCGCUGCCCGCCAUGGAAACAUUGAGGUGGCUCAUAUCCUUGUUGGCCGGAAUUCUAAUCUCCUCUAUCUUCAAGACAACAAUGGUUCUUUUGCCAUCCAUUAUGCAGUUACGAAUAAUCUUCCCAAAAGCAAGGAAGCCUUUGUGUAUUUCCUUGGUGUGACUAGGGAUGAUGAAUACGGCCACCCUAAUCCAUAUGCAGGCCCAUCUGGUGUCUCCAUUCUUGUUAACUUAAUCCUAUAUAAAUUCUAUGGUACGUAUACAGUACAUACCCGCCCCCCGCCAACUAUAUCUUAUCCAUCUUAAUUAGCCUCUCUGCUUAGCUAGCUUAUUAUAAUUUAAUUGAAUUUAUAU